AUGAAGUUCAACUUCUGGAAGGGUCUGUGGAAACCGAAAUCUCUCACGCCGACUCUCUCACACCGUCUCUACCGCAGAAUGUACACACCGCAACCCCCGUUGAACCGCGAAAUGACGGUUUUGGACCGGUCCAAGUUCACCGUGUCUCUCAACCUGGCCCUGGCCAAGUUCCCUGAUCCGAAAUACAUUGCGCAGUUCGCCAAGGAGUGCAAGGCCGACAUUUUGCAGCUGCGAAGCAUUAACCACGUUCAGAAGACGGACGACAAUGGCCGGGCCGUUCUUCUGAGACACGAUCUGGAUCUCGAGGGAGGUGAAGAUGUAGCCUCCAAGGUUAUGAGCCAGCUGAGUCCCCGAGGAAAGGAGCUGCUGACCGAGGCCCAGGCAGAUAUUACCAAGAUUGUGAAAGAUCUCGACUACGACUUUUGGCGAGCCGACGAGAUUUUCUACUCCGUGUUGCCAGUCACGGAGAAAGACGAGAUUCCCAGUGGAUUCUCCAUGGUGGGACAUGUGGCUCAUCUCAACCUGCGGUCUGAAUGGAAGGAUUACGACCGACUCAUUGGCCAGGUGAUUCUCGAUAAGAACCCCCGAGUCAAGACCGUGGUCAACAAGGUCGAUUCUAUCGACACGAAGUUCCGAACGUUCAAGAUGGACGUUCUGGCCGGUGAAGAUAACACCGAGGUGGAGCAGCAUGAGAGUGGCUGCCGAUUCCAGUUUGAUUUCGCAAAGGUGUACUGGAACUCGCGACUGCAUACCGAGCACGACCGGCUGGUCAGCCUGUUCAGAGGAGAGGCUUCUUCGCGUGAACGUAAGCAGCAGGAGCGAGCCAAGAGAGAGAACCACGAGAAGAGCACCGAAACCGCUGUCGAGCCCGACAACACACCUGCUACGGCUGUCUGUGACGUCUUUGCAGGCGUGGGUCCCUUUGCCGUUCCCUCAGGACGAACUUCUCUGUUUGUCAUGGCUAACGAUCUCAACCCUUACUCGUACGAGGCUCUGGAACAUAAUGUCAAGCUCAACAAGGUCUCCGAGUAUGUCAAGUGCUUCAAUCUCGACGGCGCAGAGUACGUGCAACAGAGCAUGAAGCUGCUGGACGAACACAGAAGGACCCAGCCCACUAUUAACCCUGUUCAGGUGCGAAAGCGAAAGGCCGGACAGCCCGUGGUCAAGCAAGACAUUCCCAAUCACUACAGCCACUACGUCAUGAACUUGCCCGACUCGGCCAUCGAGUUUCUGUGGUCUUUCAAGGGUCUGUACACGACUGUCGACGGUCUCUCCCAGGACACUCCUCUUCCUCAUGUCCAUGUUCAUUGCUUCCACAAGUGGGAGGCUGGAGAAGAAGAGCCCUCCAAGGAGGAGACCAAGGCUGCUCUUUUGGAGCGGGUGUACAAGCAGAUCGACGUGCGACUGGACCCCAACGAGGUUGGAAUGCAUUGGGUUCGAAAGGUGUCUCCCAAGAAGGACAUGUUUUGCAUUUCUUUCGAGCUGCCCAAGGAGGUUGCAUGGGCCCCUCAGGUUAACAAGGAGUAA